AUGGACUACAACUGUUCUCGAACAGACAAUCACAGCUCGAUGUUCGUGUACAAAGAGGCUUUCUCUGUGUCCUUCAUUCUCAUCUCUACGGCGAUUUUUGUGUUUGGAGUUUUAGGGAAUACUGCGCUGAUCUCGUCCAUUCUCAAAACGAACUCCCUGAGAAAUUCGCCGACGUUCGUUGUUCUGUUGAGCAUGGCCAUCGCCGAUUUGCUGCGCGUAUCGUUUAUCGGACUUCACUUGAAUCUUCAGCUGGUCUACAGUUCCUGGAUAGCUGGUAAACUUUGGUGUCAACUUUUCCUCUUCAUCGUGUUCAGUAUGGCGCAUAUUGGCAACGCUCACGUUGCGCUGAUUGCCGUGUUCCGGUACAUCAUCCUUGUUCACCCGUUUUUCACAAAGAGAGUAGUCACUCUAAACAAGACGGUGUGUGCCUGUAUCGGCAUCUGGUUCUUCUUAACCGUGGCGAAUAUUCCCUUGGUGAUGUCCACUGGACUUGUUUUGACCCCUGUCCACAACAAAACCACACUGACCUGUCAGCCCACCUCACGACUGGUCUACUUGUUGCGCUGUGUUAUGUGCUACCUUCUUCCUUUGAGCAUCAUUUCUGGAUUCCACGUCGCCAAAAUAGUGAAACUGUCGCGAAAUUCGUUCACAAGAUGCGACGAGGUCGUGAACCGGGCUCAAAGAAAGCAACAAGUGUCGCAUAUUUCAGUGGUUCUUAUCAUUCUCACCUUCGUGGUGUUUUGGCUGCCCAAGGCGAUUGUUUGGUUUCUGGCGGGGGGUUUGGGUUUAAACAUUAAUGGCGGCCUAUUGUUGAGCAUCUCGACGAGCAUGAGUUACGCUAACAGCGCCCUCAACCCGGUCAUUUACUUCUUCUCCGUGAAGAGAUUUAGGAAGAAGAUUUGUUGUUACGCCCGAGAAACUCAUGAACAAACGUCGGCGGAUAUUUUAUCAACCCGGGACUAUGUACCUAUCUCUAAUUCUUGUGCCCAUGGUAACAACGAAUGGGUGUUUGUCUUGAAAGAGAUAUGGGAGAAAAAACACAUUGUCUGA